UCGCUACAGUAGUUUGCGAUCCGUUUUCCUCCAUUGGCACCAGCAUCGUCGCCUCGUGAGAUAGAUCAAGGAUGUCGGUGAUCCCCCGCGGCUCUGGGUCUGGUUCCAGGCAGAGCAACCUGUUCGACCCUUUCUCCCUCGACCUCUGGGAUCCGAUCGAUGGCUUCCCCUUCGGCUCUUCCUCCUCCCUUGCCCGCCCCUCCAUCCUGUUCCCUAGCGAGGUCUCUGCCUUCGUCGGCACCCACAUCGACUGGAAGGAGACACCGGAGGCGCACGUCUUCAAGGCCGACAUCCCGGGGCUCAAGAAGGAGGAGGUGAAGGUGGAGAUAGAGGAUGGCCGGUUCCUCCAGAUCAGCGGAGAGCGGAAGAGCGAGGAGGAGGAGAAUACCGACACCUGGCACCGCGUGGAGCGGAGCCGCGGCAAGUUCCUGCGACGGUUCCGGUUGCCGGAGACCGCCAGGGUGGACCAGGUGAGGGCGGCCAUGGAGGACGGCGUGCUCACCGUCACCGUUCCCAAGGAGGAGGAGAUCAAGAACUCCGACGUCCGGUCCAUCGAAAUCUCUGGUUGAAGAGGAGAAGUUGAAGCAGUUGCCUGCGGUUACAUCUUUCAAUAAAAUGUGUGUUUAUUAAAUGGCUUGGAAUGUGCGCAAAAUUAGGACUAAUGUCGAUAUUGGCUUUUUUGCGCUAAUUUUAUAGACUUUUGUGAUGUGAAAAUGAGAAAAUCAUAUUUCAUGCUCUA